UCGGGGGCGGGAGCGGCGCACGCAACUCCUCGGGCCAAUAACUGCGCAGCAAAAACGCGGGACCCCGGUGGGGAAGUUCCAGCUGUCGAGGGGUUCGCGCGGGAGUCGGGGCGGCGGAGCCAUGGUCUGCCAACUGAGCGAGGGGGCCAUUGCGGCCAUCAUGCAGCAGGGGGAGACGUCCAUGAAGCCCAUCCUCCAAGUCAUCAACAUCCGUCCCAUUACUACGGGGAAUAGUCCGCCGCGUUAUCGACUGCUUAUGAGUGAUGGAUUGAACACUCUGUCCUCUUUCAUGCUGGCAACACAGUUGAACCCCCUUGUGGAGCAAGAACGACUGUCCAGCAACUGUGUUUGCCAGAUUCACCGAUUUAUCGUGAACACUCUGAGAGACGGAAGGAGAGUAGUUAUUUUGAUGGAAUUAGAAGUUUUGAAGUCCGCUGAAGCAGUUGGAGUAAAGAUUGGCAAUCCAGUGCCCUAUAAUGAAGGACAUGGGCAGCCACAAGCAGCUCCUCCAGUGUCAGCAGGCAGCCCAGCGGCAAGCAGCAAGCCCCAGCAACAGCACGGAAGCUCGGGAGCGGGUUCCACUGUUUCUAAGGCUUUUGGUGCUUCAAAGACAUUUGGAAAAGCUGGAGGUCCCAGCCUGUCAAACACUUCUGGGGGAACACAGUCCAAAGUGGUGCCCAUUGCCAGCCUCACUCCUUACCAGUCCAAGUGGACUAUUUGUGCUCGUGUCACCAACAAAAGUCAGAUCCGUACCUGGAGCAACUCCCGAGGGGAAGGGAAGCUUUUCUCUCUAGAACUGGUUGAUGAAAGUGGUGAAAUCAGAGCUGCAGCUUUCAACGAGCAAGUGGACAAGUUCUUUCCGCUUAUUGAAGUGAACAAGGUGUAUUAUUUCUCGAAAGGCACUCUGAAGAUUGCUAACAAACAGUUCACAGCUGUUAAAAAUGACUACGAGAUGACCUUCAAUAACGAGACUUCCGUCAUGCCCUGUGAAGACGGCCAUCAUUUACCUACGGUUCAGUUCGAUUUCACGGGGAUUGAUGACCUCGAGAGCAAGUCGAAAGACUCACUCGUAGACAUCAUCGGGAUCUGCAAGAGCUACGAAGAUGCCACUAAAAUCACAGUGAGGUCUAACAACAGAGAGGUUGCCAAGAGAAAUAUCUACCUGAUGGACACAUCUGGGAAGGUGGUGACUGCCACGCUGUGGGGGGAAGAUGCUGAAAAAUUUGAUGGUUCUAGACAGCCCGUGUUGGCUAUCAAAGGAGCCAGAGUCUCUGAUUUCGGUGGACGGAGCCUCUCCGUGCUGUCUUCAAGCACUAUCAUUGCGAAUCCUGACAUCCCAGAGGCCUAUAAGCUUCGUGGUUGGUUUGACGCAGAAGGACAAGCCUUAGACGGUGUUUCCAUCUCUGAUCUAAAGAGCGGCGGAGUUGGAGGGGUCAACACCAACUGGAAAACCCUGUACGAGGUCAAAUCCGAGAACCUGGGCCAAGGCGACAAGCCGGACUACUUCAGUUCUGUGGCCACAGUGGUGUAUCUUCGCAAAGAGAACUGCAUGUACCAAGCCUGCCCGACUCAGGACUGCAAUAAGAAAGUGAUUGAUCAACAGAACGGAUUGUACCGCUGUGAGAAGUGCGACACAGAGUUUCCCAAUUUCAAGUACCGCAUGAUCCUGUCAGUAAAUAUUGCAGAUUUUCAAGAGAAUCAGUGGGUGACUUGUUUCCAGGAGUCUGCUGAAGCUAUCCUUGGACAGAAUGCAGCUUAUCUUGGGGAAUUAAAAGACAAGAAUGAACAGGCAUUUGAAGAAGUUUUCCAGAAUGCCAACUUCCGAUCUUUCAUAUUCAGAGUCAGGGUCAAAGUAGAGACCUACAACGACGAGUCUCGAAUUAAGGCCACUGUGAUGGACGUGAAGCCGGUGGACUACAGAGAGUACGGCCGAAGGCUGGUCCUGAGCAUCAGGAGAAGCGCGUCGAUGUGAGGAGAGCAGUGCCGAUGGGGGUCUUUAACCGGCGGUUUGGGAGUUUGGCUGUGUGUGUGUCCCUGUUCCUGUCUUGCUCUCCAUCUUGAAGAGGAAGAUGUGUUUCCGUGGACUUUUAUUUUUAUGGAAUCCUUGUUAAAGUCACUCUUUAAGGAUCAAACCCACACCAAGCCUUCCUGGUUGGAAAGAGGCGCUGGAAAGAGUGUGAUUUGCAGUGGGGGCACGCACAGGCUCUCUGGGAAGACGCCUGUCAGUCAAAGCGGCUCUCGUUGUGAGAGGAUCUGACUGCUUGGUUCACUUCCAUCUCCGUCUGAGGGAGAAUUGAAGGUGUUAGCAGGCUCACCAGGCAGCAACACUCAAACCGAUGUGCAGGCCGCCGCCGCGUGCUGCACGUGCUUCCUGAUAGAACCUUGAGCUCCUGCAGCCAAGCCUCAUUGUGUGUGUGUUAUUAAAGUGCCAGUGACUAGGAAAAGCAGAGCCCUGUUAAUUAGAGUGCAACAUUCUUGCAUAGUGGUAGUGUUCCGUUUGUGGCAUAAUUGUCACAGCAAAUUACCAGUUAGGUUAAAUAUUGAGCUGGUAGUUCUCAGCGCUUUCAUUCUUGGCUCCACCCCGCCACCCCCCCACCCCCUCCUACCCUCCCUCACCAUCACCUGCUGGCCUGCACUUCUAACUUGAUCUUCUGCCAAGUGGUAGCUUUUAAGUGAGGCUUAGAGCAGAUACACUUUACAGCAGGAGCAAUAAAUCUAGCUUUAGGCGAGUUAUAGGAUGCCAGGAACAUCUGAAUGAGGGGUCCAAUUUCUGCUGUGUAUGGGGGUGUGCGGGGUCAUCUUGUGGGGCUUCUGACUCCAGCAAUAAAACUGGGUCCUCCGUAUAUCUGACAUGGUGUCUGUCCCGUGAGAAGAUACUUGAGGUGACACAAGAAAUGCGAAGGAAAUAGAAGACCUGGACCCUUCUCAAUUUCCAUCCAUGAGCCGGGGAGCCUCACACAAUGGAAGAGCACUUUCUAUAAGCAAAAGCAGAGGGACAGAGGGUGCCGAGUAUGUGGUGUGGGAAGGGAGUCCAGUGGAGGAGAGGGGACAGUCACAAGACCUGUGAGUUAUCGUGAAGGUGCAAAAAAGGGACCAGCUGGAAGAAAAGUCCAUUUCAAACUGAAGGACCGGCACUUUGCACAGGAGCCAGUAAACCAGGUGCAGGUGAUACCAAGAAAAUUAGCUUGGUUUGAGCGGUGAGUCUUUGUAGAAAAAUAAAUGAGAUUGCUGCACACCGGGAGGGCGGCC